AUGGGCCAAGUGCCCAUUAUCGAUAAUACGUCAUCGUCUUCCUCCUACAAACAUGUAUUGAAGAAUAAUAGAACUCUUAAGCCAAAACUUCUCCAAACAAAGGUAUCAAACACAGAGGAGUCAAUCAUCCGAGAACCAGAUAUUAAAGAAAUAUAAUGGCGGAAAUCGCUGCUGGGAUCUGGGCAGCAGAACAAGCCGUCUCUACGAGCAUCUAUGCUGGAGCGACUGGCUAUGCCGUUGCAAAACCUACUAUGCCUCUGAAGGCAACAUUUUCACAGAUUGCAUCUACGUCAGAUGAUGCCUCGAGGUCUUCACUCGCCAGAUCUCAUCAUACACUCACCGUAGUUGGCGACAAAGCUUAUAUUUUCGGAGGCCAGACGAGCCAAAGAAAACUCGCCAGUAAUAACAUCCACUCUAUAGCACUGCCAAAAGCCAGUUCUGCUGUACCUGAGUAUCAGAUACUACCGGCCAUUUCUGCAGAGAAAGAUGAGCCCGUCCCUAAGCCACGGACUAAGCAUUCUGCUUGCGCAUUGAAUGACCGUGUCGCUAUCUACGGGGGUUGCGAUGAAGCUGGGAAUGUCGUAGAUGAAGGCCCUAUAAUCUGGUUAUUCGAUGUCGAGAAAUUCACAUGGAGUACUCUUAAACCUUCUAGCCAUCCAGAGAGAACGCCACCUCCGAGGAGCAAAGCACAUUUAGUCGCGCACGAUGGUAAUCUCAUCCUCGUCGGUGGGAUAAAUUCAAGUAGUGAAGCGCUUACGGACGUUUGGCAUUAUAAUUGCUUUACCCAAAUUUGGAAUCAGCUGCCGCAUACCCCGGCCGUCGUCACGAGUGCAGCAAUUUCCGGGCACACGUUAUACGCAAUCUCUAGCUCUGAUACUCUUGGCAGUGAAGUGCAUCAUCUGGAAAUCCUACCGUACACUGAACCGGCUUCGACCUGGCAGACCAUCUCGUUUCCCACGAACCCUUUAACACCGGGACCUAGGCCAAGGUCUCAUGGUGAGUUUAUACCUAUCACGACGGGGUACGGUCGAAAUUAUCUCCUCUAUUUCUUUGGCGAUAGUCAAGGAGAAGCAGAGAAAGGGGAUCUACUGCAGUGGAGCGAUCUGUGGACCUUUCAACUUCCAUCUAGCGAUUUAGAAGUCAAAGCGACUACGACAGUGAAGGAAGCGAUCAAGCCGGCUAAGAUCAAAGAUCAGAUACGCUCAAAACUCGGUGCCGAUACGGGCGUGUCUAGCUGGGCUGAAGUUGAAGUACAGCCCCCCGGUGACCUUAAGGCACAUGAGGGUAAGGUUCAUCCCGGCCCGCGAAGUUCGUUCGGAUAUGAUGUAACAACUGAUGGACGGAGUGUCGUACUAUGGGGAGGUUGUAAUGCAACCGGAGGAUCCGAGGGUGACGGAUGGAUUGUUGAAUUCCUAUAGAGCUGACGUUUCGUGGCACGACGGGUCUCUAUUGUCAAGGAUCUAAUUAAGACAAGGAACGCUAUAUAGGGUACGAAGUUGUUGGAUUGACUUUGUAUUACGUAGUAAGAUGAAAGGGAGUGCAAGUAACGAUUGUGUUCUGAUUGGUUUGAUUAAGGUAGGAGAGGAGGGGUUCCCCCGAGUGGGGAAAGAUAUCUAUUGUACAGAUGCGUGGGCUGUGCGUGGACGGUGUGUGUGGGCAGAACCCUGGUCAUGUGACCUCGUCACAUGACCGUUAUCCCAACAGAAGUAAAAAGGGAAAUUUAUUUAUUCUAUGAAACUCGCAUUUC